UUCAAACUAGAACUUAAAGUAAACAAAGUUCAAACAAAAACUAUUUAAAACAAAACAAUUGUAUAAAUUUUAUAAAUUCUAAAAUAUUUCUGAUACUUGUGGUACUUCUUUUUCUUUUUACACAACAAUCUAAAAUAACUCUACUUGAUAAUUAAUUUUCAUUACUGUUUUUUCUUUCUUCAAUUGUCUCUGGUUUUUAACAAUUUUCUUUUCAUUUCUCUUUCUUCCCUUUUAAUUUCACUCAAUUAAUAGUCUUGAUUAUUUCAAUUCAGCUCAUAACAAAAAAUGGCUACUGCAACCAACUCUACUGCUCCAGCUCCAGCUCCAGCUCCAGCUCCAGCUAAAACCGCCACUCCCCCAGCAACUACUGCUCCAGCUAAACCUGCUACUCCAGCUGUUCCAACUUCUGCUCCUGUUAAACCUGUUUCUACCCCACUCCCAGCUGCUCCAGUCAAAGCAUCAACUGCUCCAGUUAAGGCUCCAGCUACUCCAGCCACUCCAGCUAAAGCUCCAGUUCCAGUUCCAGCUGCUAAAGCUCCAACUCCAGCUGCUUCUUCUACUCCAGUUGCUGCUCCAGCUGUUCCAAAAACCGAAAAGUCUGUUUCUCCAGCUAAACCUUCCACUACCGCUACCACUUCUACUCCUCCUGCUUCUUCCUCAUCUUUCUCAUCUAUUCCAGCUUCCGAUGCACACUCUUCUGAUUCUGACGUCAACUUGGAUUCUCGUCUUUAUAUUGGUAACGUUGAUUACCAAACCACUGAAGAAGAAUUAUUAGAAUUGUUUCAAGAUUUCAAAAUUGACAAGGUUGACAUUCCUAAAAGAAGAGCCUACAACAGAGUUGUAUCAAAGGGUUACGCCUUCAUAAACUUGCAAAAUAAAGACGAUAUUGACUCUUUAGUCUCAAAAUUCGACAACACUGAAUUCAAUAAAAGAUACAUUUACAUUAGAAAGGCUCAACCUAAAAAUGUCAAAUCCAUUGACCCAACAAAGAAAAAAACUAGAUCCUUUAAUAAAAACCAAAAGAAACCAUCUUUCAAGAAGGACUCUGAUUCUGAUAUAACCUCUGGUUCCGAUCUUGAUUCCGAUUACGAUUCUGACUCAAAUUCUUCUCCCGCCACUACAAAGAAAUCUCAUCAAAACAAAACUCAUCCUUUCAAACCUUUCAAUAAAUCAUCCGAACAAAAGUCUCACCAAAAUGGCCCAAAACCUUUAAACAAAUCAACCCCUCUAGAAGAUGGUGUUCCAUCAAAGACCACUGUUUACAUCUCAAAUGUCGAUUUUUACUUGAAUAAAGCUGGAUUAAAAUCAAUCCUCAAAGAAAAGGGCUACAACCCUGUUUGGAUUAAAGUCCCAACAAGAAAAUUACCCUUCAAACAACUCUUCUACUUGAGAAAACACAACAAAAUAAUCAAAGGUAGAGGUUUUGCCUUUGUUAGAUUUGAAGAUGAAGGAACACAACUCAAAUUUAUUAAAGAAUUCAAUGGUGAAAAAUUAAACAACAGAGAAAUUAAAGUCCAAGUUGCCAUCGACUCAAGAGUCGAAGAUUCUCACUCUGAGUCUGAAUCUGAAUCUGACAGUGAGCAUGCUCCAGAAUCAAAACCUUCAACAAAAACUGUUGUUUCUAAAUCUGCCGCUGCUCCAAAACCUGCUGCUACCCUCAAAACUGAAGCAGCUCCAACACCUGUUGCUGCUCCAAAAGCUGAUGUAGCUUCAUCAAAGAAAUAAUUUUCUUAGAAAAAAGUCAAUUUUUUUUAGAACAAAUUAAUGAUUUAAUAAUUUUUUUUUGUUUUAUUUAUUUGUCUUUUAUUUUUUU